UGGCGGAAACUGAAGUGGAUUUGACAACUCUGCAGGAAUAAAACCUCGAGUAAUUUCUUUGAUCGCAAUGCAAACAUCGGUUACUUGAUAACAUUAGAGAGAUGGAUACCGAAGCUGACCUUAGAGAGCAAUUAUUUCACAAUGCAGUGCGGGAAUAUAUUAUCUCACUCCUGCUGUUCAUCCUCCUCUACAUCAGUUCGUAUGCAACCAUUGUCACGUUCCGGCGCAGGGCUGACAAGGAGGAUUACUACUCAGGCGAUGAAGAAGAUGCGAUGGUUUAUCGCAUAUCGCUGUGGAUCUGCACGUUCACGCUGUCCGUCUCGCUGGCUGCCGUGCUCCUCUUACCCAUCUCCAUUGUCAGCAACGAAGUGCUCAUCCAGUUCCCCAAGAGCUACUACGUCCAAUGGCUCAACUCAUCACUCAUUCAUGGCCUCUGGAACAAUGUCUUUUUGUGUUCAAACCUUGCCUUGUUUAUACUGAUGCCAUUUGCAUACUUCUUCACAGAGUCUGAGGGGUUCACAGGAUCCAGAAAGGGUAUCAUGGCUCGGGUGUACGAGACGUUUGUGGUGUUAUCGUUGUUAGCUGUGCUGGUGUUCGGGUUAGCGUGGGUUGCAUCCGCCCUGAUAGAUGAGGAUCAUCCUAGUCGGCAGACGCUGUUUGGCUGGCACUACUAUGAUAAUGACAAUGAAAAUGAUAUGACCUGUCCUGCUGUUGAAAGCUCACAGUCACACAGUUAUGAUGUAUGGAAUGUCUACCUACCAUAUCUCUAUUCAGGCAUAUCUCUCUUUGGAGUCCUUAUGCUCUUAUUAUGUACCCCCCUCGGUUUUGCCACCCUCUUCACUGUGAUGGGACAAUUAGUCACCAAGCCACAGUUCCUACGUGAUAUCGAUGAAGAGUUGUAUACAACAAAAUUUGAGGAAGAAACGUUAAAACGACGCCUCCUCCAUCCACUAGGACAAUCACUUGCCAAUGGUCACACCAACUCGCAUGACCUGCAGACGAGGUUAGCAGAGGUUCAAAAAGAUAGAAAAGAAUUAGAAAAGCGGCGGAAAGCAUCAUCGAUACAAAGAAACUUAGGCUACCCGCUUGUGAUGUUACUGCUUUUAGGACUAACGGGUUUAUCAGUAUUGAUGGUUGCACAAAAUAUUUUCGAGUUGAUCGUUGGUUUCAAGUCACUACCGAUGGGGGCCAAGGAGACUGUCUUGGGAAUAGCAUCCUUGUCUACGUUCGGUCCUGUUGGAGCCACACUGGAAAUAAUUCUCAUACUAUAUCUUAUGUUAGCGUCAAUAGUUGGUUUGUACAGUAUAUCCUUCAUGUGUUCCAUUCGACCAGUAUUACAUGACACGCCGAUGACCAAAAUCAUUGCCAAUUGUAUUCUUAUAUUAGUGCUGAGUUCAGCUUUGCCAGUGCUCUCCAGAAUGCUAGGAAUUACAAAUUUCAACCUUCUGGGGGACUUUGGCCGAAUGGACUGGUUGGGAAACUUCUACUUAAUUCUAAGUUACAAUUUAGUGUUCGCUGUGGCAACAGCAUUGUGUCUUGUGAAAAAAUUUACUUCGACGGUGCGCAAGGAACUGAUUGAUCGAAUAGCGAGUGCAUUUCAUAGUGAAAGCCGGCAUUCAAUAUCUAUCAAUUCAUUGUCCAUGAACGGAUCAACACUCUUAAAGGAGGAUUAAAGUCACUGUGAUGUUUUCUAUUCAAAUCUGUGCUUGUUGCUAUGGGAAGGAGAAAAACAGGAUUCAGAAUUUACUGGGAGUUGUUUCGGUGACCUUGGGAGAAAGACUGUGGAUGACGAGAUGGGCACUUGCUGUGUUAUACCCCCAUGUUCUAAGUUGAGUUUGAAAGUUGAGUCUUCUUGUUAGAAAAAUGCAGAGUAGUACGAGUAGUGGAACUGAGAAAGCACUGGUUAAAAAUCACAAAAAUUGUGCUUUGCUUGAACUGGGCAAAUAUAGAGCUUAGGAAGAGUUGACCCCGAACCAAACACAUGGAUUGUCUGCAGACAUCAUUUAGAUAUCAAGCUCAACCUGCCAGGAGUUAGGUUGAUCAGUUCAUACAUUCCGCAAUACGCAUUAUACAUGUACACGUAGGUGUACGCAUAAGUGUAUGUUUUAUGUACACAUAGGUGUACACGUAGGUGUAUGUUCAAGUAGGUGCUGAGAUGUUAUAUUAAAUAUGUCAAAUCUAGUGAUACAUUUCAGCAAUAGAACCGUUGUCCCACUGUGAUCUAUAUCCUUUAAUUGAAUAACAUUGUAAAUGUGUAGUGCUGUGUAUCAUAGCUGUGUGAAGUAACUUUAUGACGACUUGUUGCACUGAAUUGAGCUUAGGCUGAACUUGAUAAGGCAUUGAAUGUUGUUUACCUGGUCUAGUCUGCAAUACAUAUUUACUCUACGCAUUUGGCUGUUUGUGAGUAGUUACCUGGAUGAGGACAGAAGAUUCAUCUCUUCAGUAGGUCUAGUGUAAGUCAGUAUUACGUGACAUGACACAAAAUGAGUCAAAUGCACAUUGCAUUCACUAUUUCUUUCUACAACAUACACUCCCUUUGAUUGAGUGUAUUUCAUGAACAACACAAAGUCCUGCUGUGGGGAGAUUGACUGUAGGAAGACACGAUAUCUUUUCUCGAGGCCUGUUGGUGGCUAUUGUUGACUUAUUUCUUCACAAAGGCAACAGCCUUUGGACUGGAGGACGCUUUCCUGUACAUGUACUUACUUAUCAACCAUUUUUAGCAACUGUAAGUCUACUUAUUAAUAGUUGACAUCGGCCCUGGUCAGUGAUGGACGUUCAGAGCCAGAACUAAUCCAUAUUGGCACCACAACCAAAAGGCCACAUAGAAUGCAACCACGUGGUCUUAUGUUUGCCGUAUGUUUGUUGUGGCUCUGCGGCUUCUGCUGACGGCUGCUUCUAUUGACUGAUCUUUUCUCGCUGCCUGCCAUUGGGUUUUAGAAAGUACACUUAUCAGGAAUGACUAAAAAAUAGGAAAUCAUCUAUUUGUUGAUAUUUCCAGAUUAUGUGUUUCUUAUCGUAGUGUCAAAACUUCUACAUCUUUACUGCCAUUCUUGUAUAUAAUGUCUUGGUCACUAUUUUAACCUGUAUUUACUCUACGUGUCUCCUUAUUUUCAUAUCUGUGACCUGCUCUGGCAAAAGUAGGCUCUUGUUGCCUCAAUCCCCAGCAGACGUUUGACCAAAACUGUUCCUAGCAUGUGAAUUGGUCUUUGGUGCCCUUGAUUUCAUUACUUUGCUCAAUGUUGACUAUUUUGUAUGAUAAGUUGUUGUAAAAAUGUACAUUUUGUAGCAUAUGAACACUUACGACUUAAGUGGGUAUCAAUGCAUUUGAUGUUCACAUUCAGAAUGGGUGCACACACACCAUGGCCUCGUAUUUAUCUACUUUCUGUUAUGUUAUAAUAAUUAUUGUUUUCUACUUGAUGUAUUUCAAACCUUUAGGGUGUUAGAUCAACUGCUAUGUAUGUUACUAGUUUGGCUAUUGUAACUGACCCUAACGGCCUGAAGUUGAAAACCCUGUCUGACUCUCCCAACCAGACUACACAAACUGACGUCAUCACAGUGGUUAUCACCAUGAUGUGAUUGACCUUCAUCUAAAAGUAAAAGUGUGCUUUAUUUUAGUCUUACAUGUAAAUGUGCUCUUUACACAAACUUCAUGGUUCACAGCAAUGUUCACUGAACUGAAAUGACCGCGUUGAACAUGUAAUUGUCAAAACCAAGGGUAAUCCUAUCUAUUGAUAUGUAAUUUGUUGUAUACAUAUGUUCAGUUGUAAAAUGUUCCUCAUAAUUUUGUAAAUGUAUAUUUUAUCUCAAUAUCUAUUGUUCACUACAUGUAUGUCAAAAUUGAAGAAAAUUGGUUUGUUGUUGCCACGCCUUUAUUUGGCCCAAAUCAAAAUUGGAUGACAGCAAAAAGGGGUAUGGUGAACUUAUGGAUCUCAUGACACCAAACCAAAGGCCUCAUUCCAAAAGGGCCUAACUCUAAUGCAUUAUCUUAUUAACUCGGGCCUGUUUAGCAAGAAUACCUACAUCUCAGUACUGGCACACAGAAAUGUACAGGUAUAUAGUAGACCAACUAUGAGAUUUUACAAUCUGGUCAUAUCACGAUGAGAAAUGUCCAUGUGUUCCUUUUAGUUAAAGGGAACUGAAACCGCCAAGCCAGUUCGUAUGACCUCGUUUUCAUUUCCCGCGUAUCGGGUGAUCAGAGGCAUGAAUGAAACAUGGCGCCUAGCUGUCAAUCAUUGAGUGACGUCACUACUAUGGAAUUUACUACGAAAACUCAUGAAUGAAAGAUCGCAUGACUCACGUGAUUCUCACAUGAUUCUCAAUAAUAACAAAUUGAACUGCGCAUGCUCGGGCACUGGGGGCGGAGCUACAAAUCUGAACUCGAAUAGGAAGUUGAAAGUUUGACUUUCUCGGGCGGUGAAAGUCGAAAAGUUGAAUAAAUCGCUCUGCGGUUCCAGUUCCCUUUAAGAUGUAAUGCAAUGAUAUUCUGGUAGUUUACAGUGCCACAAGUGACAGAUUGUAACGCCAGAUGGAAGUUGACAUCUUCACAACAACAUCUGGCAGCAAGUCCAGAUGCUAGAUUCUGAAGAUGUGGAAAGAUGGUUUUAUUGUCUGCUUUUACUCUCAGAGGGUUAACCAUGUUAUGUGAGUAAUUGUCCAUUUCAACUGUUGUGAUAAGAUCUAUGUAUACUAAAAGUAUGAUGGAUCUUUUUUCAAAAAAUGUACAAAUAUCAUAA